CUCCAACUCCCCGCUGGAUCCUCACCCCGGAUUCCUGCUUAUCGGGAAGAAGCAUAAGACGCCUUAACCCUUUAACAACGUCACAAUUUCCACAGCUUCAUCUGAUACCUACAAUCCGGCAACGAGCUUCGAUCGUUUGAAUUAUCUACGUACCUAGGUACAUGUACAUACAUAUACAUACAUACAUACAUUGUACUUCCCUGUCGCCUCGAUUAACGUUUAUCCAACAACCGGUUACACGGCGGCCCCAUCCAUAACAACCCCCCCAUCUGUCACAAUCCCGCUCCCUUCCCCCACCUUCUUCCGUUCCCGGCGCUAGAUAGCACUUCUAAACCACCGGACGAGAAAAAAAAAAGAAGGAUAGAAGAACGGAACCGAAUUCCUGGAAACAUAAAAACAGCCACGGCCCGAAACUCCUCCCGUCCACUAUUCCCCAGCAGUCAUGGGAAGCUUCUGCUCUAAGAGCGCCAACCCAACAGAACCCUUUGCGCAACCAGGUAGGGUCCUAGGAACAAAUCCAAACCCUCCCCAGGCACCCCGCGCCUCACUACCGCGCAACGCCAGCGCAGGGAGGACUCUAGGCCCAGGAGGUGGCCCAGGCCCGGGUCAAAGGACGGAAGACCCGCGGAAUGCUGCUGCCCGUGCCGCAGAGGAACGAGCCGCAAAACAGUCCUUGUCUGCAAAGAAGGGCAAGCUAAGCUCACAGCUCGCGGCCCAGAAGGCGCAGACGAGGAAUGAGACGCUUGAUGAGGCGAGUCGUCAUAACCGUGCGACGAGGGAGGCGGAUGCGACCGCUGCGGUGAGGAGGUGGGAUUGAGUUUGUAUUUUUUAUUUUUUAUUUUUUAUUUUUAUUUUUAUUUUUGUUUUUAUUUUUGUUUUUAUUUUUAUUUUUUUUAACUGCACAUGUGAUCUUCCUACCCUACCUCUCGGCCUUCAUACUCCGUAGGGUUUAUAUAUUUCCGUCUCCCAGAUCAGUGCAAUAGAGCUAU